GAGGAGGGAGGAAAGAGGUGAGAGAGAGGAGAGAGGAGGAGGAGGAUGCACGUAGCAGCGUUAGAAAAGCGCAGCAACUAAGCACGUCCGCAUUCUCCUUACUCAGGUGUCUGUGGAGCCUCGCCGAGCCUCAGCACAUGGGAAAAGAGCUAUGCUUCUGAAAGGAAACAUUUAUCAGCUGAAAAUCGACACGUAGCUUCAAGUGACUUGAACAGAACAUCAUGGGGGGAGUGGUGGUGGAUGAUGGACCCAGUGGCGUAAAGGCCCCAGAUGGAGGAUGGGGCUGGGCCGUGCUCUUUGGCUGCUUCGUCAUCACUGGAUUCUCCUACGCUUUUCCUAAAGCUGUCAGCGUCUUCUUUAAGGAGUUGAUCCGGGAGUUCGGCGUGGGCUACAGUGACACUGCCUGGAUCUCCUCUAUUCUGCUGGCAAUGCUCUAUGGCUCAGGUCCCUUGUGUAGUGUUUUAGUAAAUCGCUUCGGGUGUCGGCCUGUAAUGAUGGUGGGUGGUCUCUUUGCUUCUUUGGGGAUGAUCUUGGCAUCCUUCGCCAACAACAUUAUUCAGAUCUAUCUCUGCACUGGAGUAAUCACAGGUUUGGGUCUGGCCUUGAACUUCCAGCCUUCACUCAUCAUGCUGAAUAGAUACUUCAGUGAGAAAAGACCCUUAGCCAAUGGACUGGCUGCAGCUGGGAGUCCUGUAGCAUUGUGCUGUUUAUCUCCCCUGGGCCAAAUUCUUCAGUACAAGUACGGCUGGCGUGGUGGUUUCCUCAUCCUGGGAGGCCUACUGCUUAACUGCUGUGCAUGUGGAGCCCUCAUGAGGCCACUGAUGGCACCAAAGAAGAUUGAGGAAGACCAGGAAGAAGCAAAAGAAAUAGAGAAAAAACCAAAACGCAAGUUGCUGGACUUAAGUGUCUUUAAAGACCGAGGGUUUGUCAUCUACACCAUUGCAGCAGCUAUUAUGGUGUUGGGUCUGUUUGUGCCUCCAGUGUUUGUCGUUAGCUAUGCAAAAGAGCUGGGCAAUGAAGACACCAAGUCUGCUCUUCUGCUCACCAUUCUUGGUUUUAUCGAUAUCUUUGCUAGGCCUACGUGUGGCAUUAUUGCUGGACUGAAGUGGGUGCGCCCGCGGUGUGUUUACUUCUUCAGCUUUGCUAUGAUCUUUAAUGGGACCACCGAUCUUAUAGGCUCCAUGGCAAAGGACUACACAGCACUUGUAAUUUUCUGUAUUUUCUUUGGUAUCUCCUAUGGAAUGGUGGGAGCCUUGCAGUUUGAGGUUUUAAUGUCCAUUGUGGGAACAGAGAAGUUCUCCAGUGCAAUCGGCCUGGUACUCCUGGUCGAGGCCGCUGCUGUGCUAGUGGGGCCACCCGGUGCAGGUUUGCUCCUGGAUGCCACCAAGGUCUACAUGUACGUUUUCCUGCUAGCAGGCUGUGAGGUGGUCCUCUCAGCUGUUGUACUUUGCAUCUGCAACAUGCUUUUUAUCAAGAAGACACCUCAGCAGCCUGAGCCACCUGCCAAGAUGGAGAUGGCUAUGACAGAAACUGAGAUGGAGCAGCUCAACAAAGUUUCUCAAGAUGACCAAGAGAACCAUGGUGAAGGGAACGAGUUAGAGCCUAAGUCAGGAGAACAGAGUACAAAGGUGGAAGAACUGAAAGAGACCACAGAGGACCCAGACAAGCCAGAAGCAGCAAGUCAAGAUGAAGGUCAGGUGGACUCUGUAGAUCUUGAGCUUUCUAAAGUAGCGACCAAAGCAAAUGGCGGGGUAGUGGAACCUGAAUCUUCUCUGUGAUGUCAGUACCGUGAUAGAAAUAGACUUCGACUGUUGUAAAGUCAUCAGAAAGAACUUUUGUGUUCACGUUUGAUGUUUUGAUGUGUGCUUUCUGUACUGCACUGAGAUAUCUCGUGUUUACAGGUACAUUGGUGGUUGAAUUUCAAUGGCAUUUAGAACACUUUAUCCGAUAACAUGACGGCACGAAAAUAGAUUUUUAUGCACUCCAACAAAAACUAGGUGGCAUCCGUAGUACCACAGAUUUAAAGUAAGCUAUGUGUACAAGGAUAUGUAAGCAGGCAAACUAUUAUUAAAGUAUUGGAUUAAAAAUGACUCUCUUAAUGGUUAUUCUGUUAAACUUGCACUAGAGCGAAACAGCAACUCGGUCAUUAAGUACUCAGUAUCUAAGAAGGGAUUAGGUGGUUCAGCAGUACUAUUUAAAGGACUUGCCCAGAUUACUAAAUGUGCACCAGAGAGAUUAUUUGUAUUUUAGAUUCAUUACCAAACCAACAGCCAGUAACCGUUCAUAACCAUUAUUGUCAACAUACUUGAUCUCCAUUGCACACAAUGUUGGCUACUGUGUAACAGGUUCAUUGUCUAUCAAGCUUACGGUAAAGGAUUAUUUGUGGCAUAUGUCAGCAUACAUUAUACCCAAACAACAAUUUGCAUAAAAUUAGCUGCUGCAGGUGACUCAGUCAAAUGCAUAACAAAUAAAUGUCUAUAUGUCUGUAUUGGAGACCCAUUGGUUCUACUUGGGGUGACUUUUUUUUGUUUGUUUUCAUUGUGUUACAAAAGUGAAGUUUUAAAACGGGCUCCUAUGUAUAGUUUGUGUCAGUGUUUCCAAGUGACGGUGCAGUGCAACUUCAGUCAUCUACUGGUUGAAGCACAUUUUAGUAGGUCGCCUCCCUUCACACCAGAUUUUACUCGCAUGCUCAUUAACAAGCCAUUUGUGAGCUAAAUUAUGUGUGUUCUAGCAAAAGCAAACAUUAGUACUGAAGUGUCAGAAAACAACUGAACAAAUACAAAGCAGUGGAGCUUGAAUUAAUUUUGGGAUUAAUAAGGAAGUGAAAUCACCAGUGACGCUGCUGUCAUGUAAAGGUUAUAGCUUUACUGUUAGAAGCUGUGUUACAGUAUUUUUCAUUAUUUAUCACCGUUUUUUAGUUAUUGUUGCUAGAUAUUGCUAUUGUUUAGUGACUUUUUAUAUAUAUAUAAUAGAUGGAUUUUGAUGUUUUGUUUGAAGUAAAAACAAAAUGUCCAGCAUUUUAAGGAUCUACUGUUCAUGACUACCUAUCCAGCAUCUUGUUUUGUUCAGUAAUGAGACAUGUCUGAUGCAAGAUUCUUUUGUGAACCAGCCGAGUAUAUGUGGUGCUUUUAGUUGAUGAUUUUAAAAUACUUGAGAGUUGGCUGUGCCUUAAAUCUGGAAUGAAGUUACAGCAAACAUCAAGAGGAAUAUUUUAAAAACGGUAGUCCUCACAUGUUUCUUUUUUUUUUUUUUUUUUUUUUUACUCAAGAUGCUGUGUAUGUGUCUAUAUUUCUGUAAGAUGUUGAAUAAAAUUCUUAACUGAAAGACAGUGCUAAAUGAUGCAUGCUCAUUCUAAGUGUGGAAUAAAGCAGGUAAAGGCAUGCUGUUAUAGAAAAAUAAUCAAUGGUAGGGUGGUGUGAUAUCUGACACAAAGGCCAUUAGCACCCCAAAGUUAACUGUUCCUAUAAGAGCAUGUCCCAAAGUGUUUUAUUCCUCCUAUACAGUUCUGCCAUCCAUUUUUAUUCUCUCUUGUAGACAAACAUGCAGCUGGACAUUACUGAAAAAAAGCUGAAUGUGCAAAGUCCUCUGUCCUGAAGGCUUUCCCUUUAUAAUGAGAGGAACAUAAACCUGUUAGCACUUCAUUUGUGCUGUAUUAGCAGGAUUAGAAAUACAUUAGCUUUCACCUCACCUAUUCAUUAUUACUGGCAUUAGGGGCAUACUAUACUUGCAUAAUAUAAUAGUGUCUGGUGAUUGUUACUGAUAAUAGUAUUACUAAGGUAGUGUAUGGUUUUGGAUGUAGUUAAUUGUCUGACCAGGCCUGCUAGUUGCCAUGGUUGCAGACUGUAAUAGUUGCUGUGACCAGGCAAGCUACUGGACAUGACAAAGACACACACUUGAGACAGUAUGUGGGAAAUGCAGUUGUUUUAUUAUGGCUGACUGGAGACAGUGUUUUUGCCAGUAAGUGCAGUUUACUUGAAAUCUUGGGCAGCGUACAAGAUAAACAGAAGCAACCAUGUCGUGCUGAGUAACUAAAGGAAAAAAACAUGGUCCAAAUAUACAGAAGAUGCAAAAUGAGGAUUAAAAAAAGCAUACUGGUAAAAGAAAAUCUAUUGCUACGAAAAAUAACAAAUUCAGACAAAUUACAAAUGAAUCACACAUAGUCUUAUUGUUCCUUACUGAAGUGGCUGUUGGGCAGCACAGUAGCUUAACAUGUUUGCCUCACAACUUUGGAGUUGGGGUUUUGAAUCCUGCCUUUGGUGCAUACAGCUUGCAUGCUCUCCCUGUGCUUCAAACAAUGGCCUUGAAUUUCCUCCAUUUGUACACAAUCUAUCUGAGUGUGGACAAUGUGGACUCUUUAGAGAUGGUUUUGUAACAUUUUCCAGCCUGAUGAGCAUCAACAACUCUUUUUUUCUGAGGUCUACAGAAAUCAUUGCUCAUGCCAUAAUGCACUUCCACAAACAUAUGUCGUGAAG